GCGAAAAUAGCAAGAGCCAGAUGGCAUCGCCUUCCCCUCCCCCAUUGCGUUCGCCAUGGUCCAUGGAGGAGUCGCUUUGGCCUCCGCGUCGUCGGCGAGAGGCCGAGGCCAAGCCUCCACCCACCAUCACGCACACCUCCUUCUCCGGUGCCGGUGCUGCACCGCCGCCGCUGAAUGAUCCAUCAGACCAGCAGCAGGCGAGAAAUCAACAUCACAGGCAAGAUCGUUCGACCCAAUCUUCGUCCUCCUUCCACGUGCCUCCAUGGCAUCAUCCGAUUCCUCGCCGCCGUCAACAACGCCGAUCCUGGCGACCCGCGCGUCGAGGCGGCUGUCGUCGUCGCAUAAAAGCUCCUACGGCGGGCUGAAGCUGAAGCCCGAACAGGUCGCCCUCGCCGGCGUCGGCGCGGCGCUGCUCCUGGUCGCCGCUUCCUGCUGCUUCUGCUGCUGCCGGAGCAAGAAGAAGAAGUCGUCGUCCAGGCCGCCGCCGCCUUACCUCGACCCCGCCAUGCGCUUCUACGCCGACACCUCCGGCUUCAAAGGGGACACCACGGCGAGCUACAGCCCGACGCCGCCGCAUCAAUGGCGGGUUGCGCCGGCGCCGGCCUCUCCGGACACGGACUCGACGGCCUUCUCGAAAUCCCGCUUACCACCAGCGAUGCCGCCGCCGCCGCCGGUGCCGGCGGGGGCGGAGAAGAGCGCGUUCAGCUACGCAGAUCUGGCGGCGGCCACGGGCGGGUUCUCGGAGGCCAACCUGCUGGGCCAGGGCGGGUUCGGCUACGUGCACCGCGGCGAGCUCCUGCUACCGUCGGUGACGGGGAAGAAGAAGAAGAAGGAGAAGGUGGCGGUGGCGGUGAAGCAGCUGAAGGCGGGGAGCGGGCAGGGGGAGCGGGAGUUCCAGGCGGAGGUGGACAUGAUCAGCCGCGUGCACCACCGCCACCUCGUCUCCCUCCUCGGCUACUGCAUCGCCGGCCACCACCGCCUCCUCGUCUACGCCUUCGUCCCCAACCACACCCUCGAGCACCACCUCCAUUCUGCCUCGCCGCCCGUCGACUGGCCCACCCGCCUCCGCAUCGCCAUUGGCGCCGCCAAGGGCAUCGCCUACCUCCACGAAGACUGUAACCCGCGGAUCAUCCACCGGGACAUCAAAUCGGCCAACAUCCUCCUGGACGACGACUUCGAGGCCAAGGUUGCUGAUUUUGGGCUGGCGAAGCUGAGCCAUGGCACGGAGACGCACGUGUCGACGCGUGUCAUGGGCACCUUCGGGUACCUGGCGCCGGAGUACGCGUUGACCGGGAAGCUGACGGAGAAGUCGGACGUGUUCUCCUACGGCGUCAUGCUGCUCGAGCUCCUCACGGGCCGCCGGCCCUCGGACCGCUGCCACGACGGCAAUGGCGACGACGAUGACGACAACCUGGUGGACUGGGCGCGGCCGGCGCUGGCGCGGGCGCAGGCUGACGGCGGCUACGGCGCGCUCGUCGACCGCCGGCUGCGCGUCGAGUACGACGCGGCUGAGGCGGCGCGCGUGGCCGCCUGCGCGGCCGCAUGCGUCCGCCACGCCGGGAGACGGCGGCCCAAGAUGAGCCUCGUCGUCAAGGCGCUGCAGGGGCACGUGCCGCUCGAGGCGCUCAACGUGGACGCGGCGCGCGGGGACACGCUGAGCUCCGUCGGCUCCAUGCCCGAGUUCGGCAAUGGCGGCGGCUACCGCCGGUUGGGGUCAGGGUCAGGCUCGAGCUCGACCACGGCGUCUUCUACUUCGUCGUCGUCGAAUUACACGGCGCAGAUGGAGCGGAUCAGGAAUAAGGCUGUCGCCCAGCCCAGCCCGGAUUAGUACAGCGCAGAGCAACAGCCCGGAUCAGGUCUCUCUCUCAUGUUCUCUUUGAAUUUUAGCUUAGGUUCUGAUCGUGCUGAUAUGUCGCUGACAUGUAACUUUCUGCUAAAAUUGCAUAUAGCUGAAUGGAGUACACGGAGUAGUGAGUACUCCUACCGAGAUUACAAGAAAAAAUAGCUAUAAUUACCCGAUUCACGCGUGAUGCACUUGCUACCUUCUGUAUAUCGGGUUCGUAAUAAAACUAGCUGCGUGCAUCUAUCGACGGAGAGUCUGAAGAUUUCCCCUUUGUAAGAGGAAAACUAGCUGCGUCUAUAGACAAAAUCAUAAAAGGAGGAGAGGAAGCAGCUUCAUCCA